GGAUGUAAAUGGGAAAACGGUGUCUGAAGAGUUCACAUCAGAAGCAGACAUGUACCUUGAUGUGACUGUGAACUAUCUGUGGGUCCAAACCAUGAAYUACGUUGGACAGUUGGCAGGGCAAGUGUUUGUAACUGUAAAGGAGCUCUAUAAGGGACUAAACCCAGCCACACUGUCAGGUUGUAUAGAUAUCAUUGUYGUACGUCAGCCAGAUGGAAAUCUUCAGUGUUCCCCUUUCCAUGUUCGCUUUGGGAAAAUGGGAGUUCUACGUUCCAGGGAGAAAGUGGUUGACAUAGAAAUUAAUGGAGAGGCUGUAGAUUUGCACAUGAAACUGGGAGACAAUGGGGAGGCCUUUUUUGUGCAGGAGACGGAUAAUGAUCAGGAGGUAAUUCCUUUACAUCUGUCCACAUCCCCCAUUCUGUCUGAGGGGACUGCUUUAAUGGAAUCGCAGCUGAAGAGGAAUUCCAUAGACAGGAUACGAAACUUGGACACCAAUGCAUCCUCACAAGUYCCGCCCCAAGCUCAUGGAGCUCAGCCUUCUACUGAAACACCUCCAGUCUCUAGCUCUGUGAAAAAAAGAAGGAAGAAGAGGAGGAAGUCGACCCAUAAACUAGACAGCUUAAAAAGAGAAGACACACAUGGAGACACAUCAGAAGAUGAAGACAUGUUUCCCAUAGAUAUUAGCUCAGAGGAGGAAAAAGAGCCAUUGGACAAUUCAAGGAUCCCUGUUCCAGAUGUUUUUGUUGAUGAUGUGUCUGACAUAAAGGCUCCUGCAGUUUCUGUGCUUUCUCAGUCUGCGCCUUACACUCAUUCAGAUGGAGAAUGGUCACCUCUUCAAAGCCCAUCAGAUUCACGUCCUCCUACUCCUCAAAGUGACUCAGAAUUAGUCAGUAAACCUACGGACAGAAGUGGACUGAAAGAUAAUCCCCACAUGCACUGGGCAUGGGGAGAGCUACCCCAGGCUGCAAAGGCCAGUUCUCUGCUCAAAGCAAAGGAGCCCAGUGUGGCAGAUGUAAAUCCUUCUGAAAGCACUCACUUUCGGGUUAUCCAGAGUUCUCCUGUAGAAGAGUUUAACACAGUGUCUCCUCUGCCUGCCCUUGGACAAGGAGAUGCAGCAACUGCUGAUGAAAGUGAGCCCUUACCAGCUGAGACAAAUAAGCCAGAGACAGAAUUGCCAGGAGCAGCUGAACCCUCAUUGCCUGCAAAUGAAGAAAUAAAACAAGCUGCAGCUUGCUCAGCCCARCCAACUGGCAAGACGGAUUCCCCUUCCAGAAAGAAAGACAAACGGAGCCGGCAUCUUGGUGCUGAUGGUGUCUAUUUAGAUGACCUCACUGACAUGGAUCCAGAAGUUGCUGCACUUUAUUUCCCYAAAAACGGGGACAAUGUCCAAAGCAAGARCACGGCUGACGCGGGGCCGCGGUCAGCCAGCCACUCCCCGCAGUCUGUCGGCAGCUCAGGGGUUGACAGCGGAGCUGAAAGCACCUCGGAUGGAAUUCGGGAUUUGCCCUCCAUUGCCAUUUCUCGCUGCGGAGGCCUUACUGAGAACAAAGAGAUAACCAAAGAAGAAUUCUUAGAACAUGCAGUAACAUAUCAGCAGUUUGUGGACAAUCCUGCUAUCAUUGAUGACCCUAAUCUUGUGGUUAAGAUUGGAAAUAAGUACUACAACUGGACGACAGCUGGUCCCCUUCUGCUGGCAAUGCAGGCUUUCCAGAAACCUUUGCCAAAGGCAACUGUGGAAUCUAUAAUGAGAGACAAGAUGCCCAAAAAAGGUGGAAGGUGGUGGUUUUCAUGGCGAGGGAGGAACAGCACCAUUAAAGAGGAAACAAAGCCAGAGCAAGGUGAGRGUGGACUUACAGAAGACUCUUCACAGAUGAGCAGGGCAAACAGAAUAAAAGAUGAAUCUUCUUCAAGCGAUGAAGACCCUAGAGCUGCCAAAGAAAACCUUGGGUCAUUACAAACAAACUCCAGUCAUCUCUCAUUAUUGUCUGGAAUCAGUUACAAAAAGUCACUUCGACUCACUUCUGACCAGCUUAAAAGCCUAAAGCUCAAGAAUGGCCCCAAUGAUGUGACCUUUAGUGUAACAACCCAGUAUCAAGGCACCUGCCGCUGUGAAGGCACCAUUUACCUGUGGAAUUGGGAUGAUAAAGUUGUUAUUUCUGACAUUGACGGAACAAUCACAAGGUCAGAUACCUUAGGUCAUAUUUUGCCAACUCUUGGCAAAGACUGGACACACCAAGGGAUUGCAAAGUUGUACCAUAAAGUGAGCCAAAAUGGAUAUAAAUUUUUGUACUGCUCAGCACGUGCUAUUGGAAUGGCAGGCAUGACCAGAGGAUACUUGCACUGGGUCAAUGAAAGAGGAACUGUGCUGCCUCAGGGGCCAGUUUUGCUGAGUCCAAGCAGCCUAUUCUCYGCUCUUCACAGGGAGGUCAUAGAAAAGAAGCCAGAAAAAUUUAAAGUUCAGUGUUUGACAGACAUCAAAAACUUGUUUUAUCCCAACACAGAACCCUUUUAUGCUGCUUUUGGAAACAGACCUGCUGAUGUUUAUUCAUACAAACAAGUGGGGGUUUCUUUAAACAGGAUAUUUACAGUUAACCCCAAAGGAGAACUUAUACAAGAGCAUGCAAAGACAAACAUCUCAUCCUAUGUCAGACUCUGUGAAGUGGUAGAUCACAUUUUCCCUUUGCUGAAAAGAAGCCAUUCUUCAGACUUCCCCUGUUCUGACACCUACAGCCAGUUCACCUACUGGAGAGAACCUCUGCCACCRUUUGAAACUCAGGAUGUACAUCCAGCCUCAUCUUAACCCCAUCUCCAAACUGGUGGUCUCACCUCAGUGGGUUGGCUUGUGUUGAAAGGACAUCACUUGGCUUUUGCUGUUGCCAGUUCASUUGGAAUCUGGGAAGUUGUACUUCUAUAAGAGCAUUAUAAUCUCUURUUGUGAGCAAACUUAGGAAUGCUUUUUAAUACUUAGUCAGAUUUCCAGACAAGAGGAGUCUUGCUAGGAAUAGGAGUUGCGUUUCUAGAUCCUCUCUCUGCUCCUCAAAUUUUGCCAUGCACUUUCAUGAUAUGAGAUCAAUUAAAAGUGAAGUGAUGUUGGAGUUGCAGUUGAAUGUGCCAUAAGGUUGUAACGUGGUUCCAUGCCUGUUCUGUAUCACUGAAGGCAUCUUUCAUCCCAUCAGAGCCCCUUGCCAGUAAGGAAACUGAAGGUGCUCAUCAUUCCUGACAUUGGUGGCACGGACAGGGAUUGCAAUCCGUGUAUCAAAAUUCUCUUCUCUCUGAAGAAGCAAAUGAUUCUUCCCUUCUCCCCUUGCUUGACCAACAACUGUUUGUUUAAGAGUUAAUUACUGGUCUAGAUCCUCAGCAGAUGUAAAUCAGUGUAGCUGUCGAAACCAAUUGAGCUGUGUUUGAUUUAUUCCAGCCUGYUUUGACAUGGGACAUUUCUGAGGAAAUAAAUUAUGUGUAAUCUCAAUAGAAAKUAAAUGAAAUAGGAUGGCCAGAUUCUUCCAGUCUUUCUCAGUUUGAGAAGCAGUAUGCUUUAACAGUAGCUUUUUGGAUCAAGGUAAGUGUGCAAGUGGAAAAUACAGGCUACUGUGUAUACCUUAGUGAAGUGGGYAAUUUUCAGUAAACACAUCUUUCCCACACACAGCUGAGGUUGAAGAUUUGUUACUGAGCCAAAACAGUGUGGAUUUUAUCAAAAUAGAAUUGUUUUGUUUGAAAUAUUAUUUUGGUUAAAAUGUGAAUUCUGAUGCUGGUGAAUGAUGCAUCUCAGGUUUUUACUGUAUCGAUUUUUUUGUUUUGUUUUCUACCAUAACAAAUGGAUACUUCUAGUGCAAUUUAUUCUCCUUUAAUGUAAUGAAAUGUAUUUUUUCUUUUUUUUUUCCUUAUUUAUCCAGACACAAGCUGUAGAUAUUGCUUUUGACAGCCUUAAGACUGAACUGUGUGCACUAAAAGCAAUACUGUGGAUCAGUUGAUAACAUUUUCCAAAUGGUCUGCCUUUACACWAUGUGGUACUUAAACUAUGGACUCCAAGUGCCCACAUGCCAAAUUAUUUCAGACGUGUCGUAGUUAUGAAAGAAACUUUCUUUUUCCUUUUGAGAUAUAUUGAAAAGUCUGAUUUUUCUCUGAAACACUGACAUGAGAUUCUAUGUAUGUUGUAUUUCAGUAUGGCUACACURGUGGUUCACAAGCUGUGGUCUCUGCCAGCUUGUGGUAUGAGGCUAUGGUACAUGUUUUGCAGCUGYUUUGUAGUGUUUUCAYUUAAGAGUUUAAUAACAGGAAGGCYG